GGGAGCCACAGAGAGGGGUCCAGGCGUUUCUGAGAAGAGAGGCAGCCUCUUCCAGGAAGAAAGUGGUGUCUACUGGCUGCCCAGCCUGGGGAACCUUCUUUGAAUGAAAAGGGACAAAAUGCAAAGCGGUGUGUUGGCACAGUGAUUUGGAAAGGGGAAACAGAAGAGAAGGGUCUCACCUUCCGCGCAAGGCUGAGCUGUUGGCACCCUGCUGCGGCCGUCGGUGCUGCUGCUCCUGCAGCUGCCUUUUCUGCCAUCAGCUUUGUUAGCUAACAGCUUGGCUCUUUCGGGGAAUAUAGACAAGCUGGAACCCAGGAGCAGUUGGGAGUUUUAAAGAAUGCCAGCCUUCUUAAAGCUUUGAUGCCCAAUGCUAUAGAAUCAAGUUACUGUGGAGGUCAAAACAAUUUGAGAUACAUAAGCUGGCCUUAGAAAAUAAAUUGCCUCUAACUUACAGUGAGGAGCUCAACAUAACAGGGAAAAGGAGCACAGGAUGCAGCUACUUGGAGGGUGUUGAUUGAAAACUUCGAUCUCCCCACCCCAUUCACGGUUGAUUUGACGGAUUUCUCACCUCGUUCACAGAAAAUUUCAAUUAAGGCCCCUUUAGAUGGAAUAUAAUACAGCAGAAGCCUUUUCAUCAAAAGGAUUAAUGCCUGCAUCAUCAUUUCUGCAAUAAAACAAGAAGCUAAGUGGUGGAGGCCACAGACACCUCAAACCUGGAUUCCACAAUUCUAUGUUAAGUGUUGGAGUUUUUAUUACUGUGCUGUAGGAAAGCCUUUGCCAAUGCUUACAAGGAACUCUUUAUCCCUGCUUCUCUGGGUUCUGUUUGAUGGAGGUCUCUUAACACCACUACAAUCACAGCCACAGCAGACUUUAGCCACAGAGCCAAGAGAAAAUGUUAUCCAUCUGCCAGGACAACGGCCACACUUCCAACGUGUUAAACGUGGCUGGGUAUGGAAUCAAUUUUUUGUGCUGGAAGAAUACAUGGGCUCCGAGCCUCAGUAUGUGGGAAAGCUCCAUUCCGACUUAGACAAGGGAGAGGGCACGGUGAAAUACACCCUCUCAGGAGAUGGCGCUGGCACCGUUUUUACCAUUGAUGAAACCACAGGGGACAUUCAUGCAAUAAGGAGCCUAGAUAGAGAAGAAAAACCUUUCUACACUCUUCGUGCUCAGGCUGUGGACAUAGAAACCAGAAAGCCCCUGGAGCCUGAAUCAGAAUUCAUCAUCAAAGUGCAGGAUAUUAAUGAUAAUGAGCCAAAGUUUUUGGAUGGACCUUAUGUUGCUACUGUUCCAGAAAUGUCUCCUGUGGGGGGUUUCUACUGCUCCUACCACCACCGAGGACAUGUGAUGAAGAUUGUGCACGCUACCCUGAGGGCAGAAGCAGGUGCAUAUGUACUCCAGGUUAAGGCCACAGAUGCAGAUGACCCGACCUAUGGAAACAGUGCCAGAGUCGUUUACAGCAUUCUUCAGGGACAACCUUAUUUCUCUAUUGAUCCCAAGACAGGUGUUAUUAGAACAGCUUUGCCAAACAUGGACAGAGAAGUCAAAGAACAAUACCAAGUACUCAUCCAAGCCAAGGAUAUGGGAGGACAGCUUGGAGGAUUAGCCGGAACAACAAUAGUCAACAUCACUCUCACCGAUGUCAAUGACAAUCCACCUCGAUUCCCCAAAAGCAUCUUCCACCUGAAAGUUCCUGAGUCUUCCCCUAUUGGCUCAGCUAUUGGAAGAAUAAGAGCUGUGGAUCCUGAUUUUGGACAAAAUGCAGAAAUUGAAUACAAUAUUGUUCCAGGAGAUGGGGGAAAUUUGUUUGACAUCAUCACAGAUGAGGACACACAAGAGGGAGUCAUCAAAUUGAAAAAGUCUUUAGAUUUUGAAACAAAGAAGGCAUACACUUUCAAAGUUGAGGCUUCCAACCUUCACCUUGACCACCGGUUUCACUCGGCGGGCCCUUUCAAAGACACAGCUACGGUGAAGAUCAGUGUGCUGGACGUAGAUGAGCCGCCAGUUUUCAGCAAGCCACUCUACACCAUGGAGGUUUAUGAAGACACUCCGGUAGGGACGAUCAUUGGCGCUGUCACUGCUCAAGACCUGGAUGUAGGCAGCAGUGCUGUUCGGUACUUCAUAGAUUGGAAGAGUGAUGGGGACAGCUACUUUACAAUAGAUGGAAAUGAAGGAACCAUCGCCACUAAUGAAUUACUAGACAGAGAAAGCACUGCGCAGUAUAAUUUCUCCAUAAUUGCGAGUAAAGUUAGUAACCCUUUAUUGACCAGCAAAGUCAAUAUACUGAUUAAUGUCUUAGAUGUAAAUGAAUUUCCUCCAGAAAUAUCUGUGCCAUAUGAGACAGCUGUGUGUGAAAAUGCCAAGCCAGGACAGAUAAUUCAGAUAGUCAGUGCUGCAGACCGAGAUCUUUCACCUGCUGGGCAACAAUUCUCCUUUAGAUUAUCACCUGAGGCUGCUAUCAAACCAAAUUUUACAGUUCGUGACUUCAGAAACAACACAGCUGGGAUUGAAACCCGAAGAAAUGGAUACAGCCGCAGGCAGCAAGAGUUGUAUUUCCUCCCUGUUAUAAUAGAAGACAGCAGCUACCCUGUCCAGAGCAGCACAAACACAAUGACUAUUCGAGUCUGUAGAUGUGACUCUGAUGGCACCAUCCUGUCUUGUAAUGUGGAAGCAAUUUUUCUACCUGUAGGACUUAGCACUGGGGCAUUGAUUGCUAUUCUACUAUGCAUUGUUAUACUCUUAGCCAUAGUUGUACUGUAUGUAGCACUGCGAAGGCAGAAGAAAAAAGACACCCUGAUGACCUCUAAAGAAGACAUCAGAGACAACGUCAUCCAUUACGAUGAUGAAGGAGGUGGGGAGGAAGAUACCCAGGCUUUCGACAUCGGGGCUCUGAGAAACCCAAAAGUGAUUGAGGAGAACAAAAUUCGCAGGGAUAUAAAACCAGACUCUCUCUGUUUACCUCGUCAGAGACCACCCGUGGAAGAUAACACAGACAUAAGGGAUUUCAUUCAUCAAAGGCUACAGGAAAAUGAUGUGGACCCAACUGCCCCACCUUACGAUUCACUGGCCACAUAUGCCUACGAAGGGAGUGGGUCCGUCGCAGAGUCCCUCAGCUCUAUAGACUCUCUCACCACAGAAGCCGACCAGGACUAUGACUACCUGACAGACUGGGGACCCCGCUUUAAAGUCUUGGCAGACAUGUUUGGCGAAGAAGAGAGUUAUAAUCCUGAUAAAGUCACUUAAGGGAGUCGUGAAGGCUAAAAUACAACCGAGAGGGGAGAUUUUUAAAAAAAGAAAAAGAAACACAAAUAUUAAUAGAAAUCACACACACACACACACACACACACACAGACUUUCUGGGACGAGAUUCCUUUGAUUACCUGGUUUCUAGUAAGUUGUUAAAUUAAUCAUGUUGUCAGUUUUGGUUUAUUCUGCCAACACGAGAUACAUCCUAUAAUGUGUACUUGCUUUGUUUUGUUGUUUUGUUUUUUCACAAUCACACAGAGACAAGCUCAGGCCUAUUCAAUACAAUCUACUGACAUGACAACCUAGAACGAAGAUAGCUAUGUGGCAUCAUGGUGGAAGAGUGUUAGAUUUUUCUUAAUUCCACUAAAGUGCCUAUUGAAACUCUUAUCAUUUAAAGUGGUGUACAGUACACUCUGCUGUGAUGGUAUUGCAGGAUUCAGAGAUAAAGAGGACAUAAAACAAAGACACUGUCUUUAUGUCAAGAAGCAAUAGCGACACUCUGACUCUCCUCAUUCCUUUUGAGAACAAAAGAAGAACACUUUCUGAUCUCCACCUUCUUCUAAUUCAAAAGGUUUUCUUUUUCUUUUUUAAACUGUAUGCUAAAACAUUUGUUUAUCCUAUCCUUUCAGAAAAUUGAAAUAUAUAUGAAAAUAUCAAGUUCAAUAUGUAAGUCCCGAAUUGUAGAAACGAUGUUUGAUCUUAACAUUAGUUCACAUUAAAGCUGUUCAUUAAAAUGUUACUUUCUUUUCCAAAAAAAUUAAAUAAAAAAAAAGAAAAGAAAAAAUAUUCCUCUUUAUAAAGAGAGGCCUCAGGACUCAAAUUACACAUUAAAAUAAAUAUUCGUUUUGCUUAAUAUUGUACUGGUGUGUGGAAAAUUGGUUUUAACAGUCACCAGAUUCAGCUUUUAGUCAUAGAUGUAAUUUCAAGUUGUGUUUCUAUGAAAAUUCUUAGAAGAAAAAAGUGCCAUUCAUUUAAGCAUGGAAAGAGAAAUUCAUUAUAGUUUCUCAGAGUUUCUUACAAUCUAGUGAUUCUUUGAUGAGCAGCAAAAAAAAAAAAUACAUA